ACACCGUUUUUGUUGGGUCAAACAUCUACUAUCACAUCCGAGUUGGCGAGGUCGAGGAGAAAAUAUAAGAACUCCCGCGCUAAAGUUCGCGUUGCUCUUCCCAAGAAAAAUCCUAAUAUCUUUAAGCCAGCUUUCAACUCCCCUCCCAAGCUCCGCGCUCUUAUGGCCGACGAUGUCCCCGAAUGGGACGACCAGGCUAGCGUCAUCCAGAACUACAAAUCCUUCGGCGUCCUCUCUAACCCUAACCUGCCCGGUAUCCGGUCUCGCACGGACCAUAUGAUCCAGGAUGACUCCCUCAAUGUUCCUCCACCUCCUGAGCCUCCCACCGAUGAUCCUAUUGCCAAGGAGUUCGAGCCCAUCGAUUCCGGCAGCGAACUCGAGGAAGACGAUCUUAAGACAACAUUGGGGAAGCAAAGAAAAGAUGGAAAGAGUGCUCCUUUACAGCCCCUUACUACUAUGCAACUUACUCAUAUUAGACGUUUAGUCGAGAAACAUGGAGAUGACAUUAGCUCCAUGUACCGAGACAGAAAGCUAAACUCGAUGCAGCCUUCGGUUGCUACACUACAGAAGCUAUGCACAAGAUAUCUCAUGUACAAGGAUAAGAAUCCGGUUUUAGUUCCAUGCUGAUGCAAAUUAUGUAUCUCUUCUCCUCAUUUUUGUUCUAAACUUACUACAAUAUUGUUAUCAAGUUUUUAUAAAUCGAAAAAUCUAAUAUUCUCCAGGAAUUGACUAGUCAAUCUUUAGUAUCACAAACCACUCAAAGUUAGCGUAGUAUGAAUACUACAAUUUGUGUUCCCGAUUAAAAAAGAAUACUAGAAUUUAUUCAGUUAAUAGAUGAAAAUUUAUUCAUAGCCAGUUAGAGAGGGCCAUGGGGUUUUUAAGAAGAGUGAGAGGACGAAAGUGGUCACUAUUUCUACUAAUGUCGGAUAAUCUUUUAGCGUUUCUCUAAGAGCAUGAUUAUUGGAGGUUCUUGGGGUGGAGUUCUUAGCGGAAUUUAAGAAUCCGUCUUUUAAUUUUUAGCUAAAUAAAGCUAAGA